CAAAUUUCCUUUAGUUAACGUGACCUAUUUUGCUAAGCUGCCAUAUACUCUUAUUUUCUAAACAUGUUGUUUCAUUUUAAUAUUUCUAAAUAUUUGACUUGUCUCAAUUUCCUAAAUUUUCAAAAACAAACCACAUUUUUCUUUUUCAACAUAUUCACGCGGAAUGAAUCAAACCAAAAAAAAUAUGUUAUAUAUAAAACCUACAUCUCAUUCAUUUUUUCCUUAAACUCCUCUCUCAACAACAAAAUGGCCAUCAUCAUGAAAAGAAAUUUCUCCAUUUUCCUCUUCAUCGCCAUAACAUCCAUCGCCGCAGCACAAGCCGGAAGUUUCAACAUCACAAACAAAUGCAACUACACCGUAUGGGCCGCAGCCUUUCCAGGCGGUGGAGUAAAACUCAACACUGGCGAAUCAUGGAACAUGAACAUAACCAAUGGUACAAGUAACGCAAGAAUUUGGGGUCGAACCAAUUGCACGUUCGACAACUUAGGUUUAGGAAAGUGUCAAACCGGUGAUUGUAACGGAACACUUGCGUGUCAAACAAUUGGUACACCACCAAACACAAUCCUAGAAUUUAGUUUGAACGCGUAUAAUGAUCUCGAUUUCUACGAUGUUUCUCUUGUACAAGGUUUCAACAUCCCAAUUAAGUUGACACCGUCAUUUAAUUCUUGUGGUACCGUUAAUUGUACCGCUGAUAUUAUCGAAGAGUGUCCUACUCAACUUCAGGUACCAGGUGGUUGUAACAAUCCGUGUACGACGUUUAAUACACCUGAAUAUUGUUGCAACUCUGUUGCUCGUUCCGCCGUUGUUGCUACCAAUGCCUCUGCUACUUGUGCACCAACUAGUUACUCAAAAUUCUUUAAGGAGAGGUGCCCUUAUGCUUAUAGUUACCCUAAAGAUGAUGCAACAAGCACAUACAGUUGUAUGGGAGGAACAACUUAUGAUGUUGUGUUUUGUCCUUAAAUAAUUACUUUUCUUUUAACUCCUCUUUUAUUGAUUUUUAUGUUUUGUUAAUUUCAUUUCAUGAUUCUUAUUGUAUACUUUGAUAUAUGUAUAUGUAAUAAUCAAAUAAAUGGGUCAUAUACUCAUCUUAGGGGAUUCCUUUGCACAUCUAUGGAAUAUUGAUGUGCUUUAGUUCUUUUGUCCUGAAAUAAAAUAAGAUACUAUGUAUAAGUAAAUUCUGAUCAUGAUUCAUGAUAUAUAACAAUUAAUUGAUGUUUAUUUAUUGAA